AUGAGGCUGAAGACGCUGAACGGGGCACCAUUAUGCGAUGAUCUCGAUUUUGGCUCGAAUCAUCUUCUUGACAUUGACGAAAAAGAUUCAGCCUUUGAGGCUUUUCUCAGUGGAAACCGAGCGCUGUCACUGACCAGCGACUCAUCUAAUGUGAUCAAAUGGCGCCAUGUUGAACUUCAUCCUGGUCGACUUCGCACGGAACUGUCACCAUAUUUCCCCAAUUCACUGUUGGACGGAAAUACCUCAAACUUCUCAUGUCCUGAAAUAGGUCUCAAGUCUAUGUCACAAAAUUCCAUGGUGCAUGAUGGCAGUACCUUUCUUGAAGCCACAAGCCUGAUCGAGGAAGAUUCGGUUUUCCUCGAACACUCAUUCAUUGUUCAUGACAACCUGGUUUCCUCACAGAUUGCUCUUGAUGAUGCUCAGAUGAGUGCCAAUGAGUCCCGGGAAUCUCUGUCUUCUACGUCUUUCCUAACAUCGUCUUUUAAUACUGAAGCCAGCACGUCGCGCGAGGCAGAGAGUCAACUACCUACGCUUCAAUUGCCGUCUUAUCUGACUAUUACAUCGUUGGGGGAACUUCCAGAUGCGCAGUACCUACGGUCGAUCUAUCCCCAAACCCCAACGCCAAAUCUUUUAUGUGCCUUGGUUGCUCCAAUUGAAAAACGCCAAGUAUCUGUCAAGAAGGGUCGAUAUGUGAUGGAUCUCUACGACCUCAUAGUCGGCGACGAUACCAGACCGAGUUUCAAAAUUUCCUUCUGGUUUCGACCGAUUCACGCAACAAGGCCGUCUAGGAAUCUCGCACAGGAUAAGUUGCGUAGUACUCUAGACGCUGUACGCACAGGCGAUAUGUUACUCAUGAGAUACAUUGCUUUGAGCAUCUAUCGAAACGAAGUCUUUGGCCAAUCAUUGAAUGCCAACAUUAGCAAGGCAAGCACAUUGGUAGAGCCACUUUCACGGCCCGAUGGUACACCAAUCUACAAGCACGUCUGUCCGAUUGCAGUAGAAGAAAAGCUCCUUAAUGUGAAAAAGUGGUCGAGGUCACGCAUUGCAACUCACAACGAAGGAUCGCAGAAAAGGAAAGCUACCUCGAGUAUGAAAGAUGCGAAGACGAAACGAAAAUUACGGAGUCAGAGAUCCACAGACACUUUGCCUCCAGAUACUCUAGAGGCAGCGUAG